AAAAGGGCUUUUUCCUUGUAAUGGGAGUAACCAAACACUAAUUCAGCUUGUAAGAGCAGCUGGCUUUCACUUUUCCGUGGGAAACGUGCCACACUGCUACAGAAAAGCAGCAAAGCUCCUUCCUUACUCUGAUUUUCUGGAUAAUAAUUACUGGGAGCGGUCGCGGCUGAGCAGAGCCCGUGGAGGAGGCGGGGGGGUUGCAGAUGCUGCAGCAAGGCAUUUCGGGCACCUGAUCGUGCUGGAGAGGAAAUGUUUUGGUUGCAGCGAGUCAUUUCCUCUCAAAGAGAAACUGAAAAUGUUUUAAUUUGGGGAAUCGUUUGCUUCAGACACUUGCACAAUUCCUGAGCUUGACGAGGUUGGGGUAGGGCGGGCUGCGAUGGUGGUGGCCUGUUGAGGUGAGUCAAGGCGAGCGGUUCAAACAGUGCCCUGUGGACCUCGCUGGAGUUCGUGGGUACGCUUGUGUGACAGCACAGAAAAUACCCGGGGGUGCUGGUGGUGCUCGUGGUGCAACACCCGCUGGGAUGCGACGAGGGAGGGUGGAAAUCUGGGAUGCACGUGCCCGCGUGGAGCCUCCAGCGGCACCUGGCUGCGGUGACCCUGCUGUAACUCAAAGCGCCGCUGGCUGGCUGUGCGUUUUGCAGCAGCGCUGCUAUUUGUUUUGAGGGCAAAUGUGUCACAGGUUGUAUUUAGCAACUACAGCUUCAGGUGGAGGCUCGUGAUCAUUGAGGCUUGCUUGGUGUCUUUUCCUUCCAUCAUUUUCCUUCUAAUGGUAAAGACCUCCUUGCAGCUUCAGCCUUAACUGCACGUUGGCCUCUGUCUUUUCCGUUUAAUGCUGUGGUUGGAGUAAAACACUGGCUUGAACUGUGGGGUUUAGAUGUGUGCUCAUGGUGUUUCUCGUGGUGCUUAGGCUUGUUUGGUUUUGUAGCUGCUGGAAGGAUAGCUGUCCUGGCAAGCCUGAUCAGUCUCCAGAUGAAUUUUGGGGAUCAGCGUGUCGAGGACUUCUUGUGAUGGCUGCAGAAGGGAGUUUCUGGGGGACUCUCCUGGAGCUGCCUCUUGCUUUUCCGCAAGGCUGCUGGAGCUGGUUUCCCAAGGCAGGUCAAGUAGCUGCCUUGAGGAUGUGAAGAACAGUUCUCACCUGGGAACUAAUCGGUGAUAUGAGACAGCUCAGUGAGAAACUGGAGAUGUGCUGGGCUCGAACCUCUCUCCCUCGCGGUGGGUGGCAGUUGUACUAAGGACAAAAAGUCCUUGCUCCAGCCCUAACCCUGUCGUGGUCCUUCUCCAUGAAAACCUGAACCCCUCCUAACCAAGUCGGUGCAACGAGAUGUCUACAAGGAUGCAGAGCUUGCAGCCGGACCCCAAAGCCCAGUACAGGAGCGUGUACGAAGCUCUGAAGAAGAUUGUCCUUACAGAGGGUUUCUGGAGGCCUUUACGUGGAAUUAAUGUCACCAUGCUGGGGGCUGGCCCUGCCCACGCAAUGUACUUUGCCUGCUAUGAAAAAAUGAAAAAGUCUCUAAGCGAUACUAUCCAGCAUGGAGGAAACAGCCACUUGGCCAAUGGUAUAGCUGGGAGCGUGGCCACGCUGCUCCACGACGCAGUGAUGAAUCCCGCUGAAGUGGUGAAGCAGCGGAUGCAGAUGUUCAACUCCCCCUACAAGUCCGUCCUGGCAUGCAUAAGGACAGUGCAGAGGACGGAGGGGUUCGGUGCCUUCUACCGCAGCUACACCACCCAGCUCACCAUGAACGUCCCCUUCCAGGCCAUUCACUUCAUCACCUACGAGUUCAUGCAGGAGCAGAUCAACCCACACCGGGAGUAUAACCCUCGCUCCCACAUCGUCUCCGGUGCCGUUGCGGGGGCCGUGGCCGCCGCCGCCACCACUCCUCUGGAUGUCUGCAAGACCCUGCUCAACACCCAGGAGAACAUGGCCUUGAGCUCGGUGAACAUCAGCGGACAUCUCUCGGGCAUGGUGAACGCCUUCAAGACUGUCUAUCAGCUGGGGGGCAUUGCGGGGUAUUUCAGAGGGGUGCAGGCACGUGUCAUAUACCAGAUGCCUUCAACGGCCAUCGCCUGGUCGGUGUAUGAAUUCUUCAAGUACUUUCUCACAAAGCACAGGCUGGAAAAAAGAACGUCCUUGUGAAGGACUUAGAGUGAGUGGAAGCCCCCGUGUCCCCUCCGUGCGUGUCCGUGUGCCUGCAAGCCAGCGAGCUCUGGGUCUCUGCUAAGGAACGUGCCAGGUUUCUGCUGGAUUCACAGCUGAUGUCCGCUUCUGCCUCCCCAGGGAAGGAGGGGGUUAAAGUGGUCCUCAGUCACGUGUUCCCCUCCUUGCUUAAACAAUGAAAUAGUUUAUAAAGACUUAUAAUAAUAUAUAUAUUUAAUAACUUUAUUUUGGAGAAGUGAAAUUGCUAGCUGAUAUUUUUCUCUGAGUAAGUUUGAAGAUGUAGUUUACUUCUCACCGGAAGGCUUAGGUUAUACGGCCUAGGCUGGGGUUUUUUUACAGUGAAGAAGCAAAAUAUCCUGUCACAGAACUUAGUUUUUAUAUAAAUAUAAAAUAGAUGGAUAAUGUUUAUCCUUUAUUUUUCUAUGUAGGCAUUUGGUUUGUUUUUUAAAUGCUAUUACAGCUAGAUGCUGAGCUGUUUAAAAAGGGCUAAAUUCUUCUAUCCUGUAUAAGGAAGACAAAAGCAUUUAUUUUUAUAGCCAGAUUGGCUUUAAUUAUACAGCAUUUAGCCCCCAAACAGUGGCCUGGAUUCUCAUGUGGGUGUCAUGGUACUUGGUGGUCUGUGAGACUUGCUGGGGUGGGGGAAGGAGGAAUGGAGAUGCGCUUUGGGAAACUGUAGGACACCAAGGAGGGACACCCCAAAAAUACCUGGUCACUUUGGGGGGGGAGAGGGAAACUAUCAAUUCCAUUUUUUUACAAGGAAAUCCUUAAAAAAACCCUGUAGAUUUUAAAGAAUAGUAUUUUUUUUUGCAAACACUUUUCUUAAAGGUACAUUUUUAUGGUGUGAUAGCUGAACAGCCUUCAUCCUCCCUUAAUUUAUUCAUACUUUUUCACUAAGGCCCUGAUCCCUCUCUCAGGAGCGGCCGUGCACGUCUCCAUCGCUUGCAGGGUCGAAGCGGGGUGCACGGAGCUGCUCUGCUCCCGGAGGGGGGAGAUCAGAGCUUCUGUUUACAGUUCGGCUACUGCAUCGCAAGGGUCGCAUCCUGGCAGCACCGAACCAGCAGCGGACGGCAAAAGCCUUGGGAAAGUCUUCCCUGCCAAACCGGAGCCACCUCCCAGCCGGUGCUUGACAAUAAGCUGCUGCUCAUCUCUCUUGGGGAGGGGGGGGAAAAAAAAACCAAACCCCAAAACCUAACCUAGAGAGGUUCCUCAUGCAGCGGGUUUGGUUUUGCUGCUGCGGGAUGCUGAGCGCUGCAGUGGCCAGCAAAGCUGUGCCUGCUCGGGGCGGGUGGCAGCCUCGCUGCACGCCCCGCUCCUCCUAGGAAUGGCUUUUCCAAACCAAAAUGCGUUCUUUAGCCAGUUAUGUGGGUGAUCAGUAGCUAAUGAGGGAUUUUAGGGACCUGGAUGUGUUAAUAUACGUUACAGGACACCAACUGACAAAUCUCCCUCCUCCCUGGAACUUGCGCUGGCAGCGGCUGAUGUCUCGAGCUGGCACAUGGGACAGCUUGUGGAGAAGUGGCUUCAGCUCGCUGUGGGGUCUGGGGGGGAAGAGCUGCGAAGUGGAGGGCAGCUUUUGGGCUGGCACGUGUCGCUGGACGUGUCCCGUCAGCCGGGUGCCUUGCAUAGGAUGACACUAAGCAGAGCUGAUCCUUUUGGUCCGUUCUUUGGAGAAGGUAAAUCAAAGAGCACCUCUCUGGGGGGUGGUGCGUGUGCCUUGUGCAAAUUAACCUUGUACCACUGGCAAUGAUGAAAUGAGCUUCUUGAUGCCUUUUUGUCAUUUAAACUGAAUGAAUCACUGUGUCAAAUGCACCCUGUGUCUUAAAAGUGUAAAAAGUUGUAAGCUUGAGGCCACCGGUCUCGGUGGAGCGGCUGGAGAAAGCCCUCAGCGCUCUCUGCACAGAGAUCCUCGAGGCUGGAGGUCUUUGAGCUGUCUGUCAGCCUUGGAUGUCUUUUCCUAUUGACUUUAGAAACUGGAGAGUCACUAACAGGAACCAGAACUGCACAAAAUAUUUCCAUCGGAGAUGGGCAUAAACACUUAGAUGAAAAUUUUGGGUCACUUUAAUAUUAAAGAGGCAAACUGUAGCAUAAUGUGGAAGGCGACAGCUUUCAGUGUGACUUCAGUAGCUAGGAGUCAUACUUGGCAAGCGGUCCCCAGUGCGUCAUCCUCUUCCUCUGGUCGCUUAGCUUUAAUACUUCUGACUUCACCGUGGCUGUUCUGGGAGAACUUCAUCUCAUGUUGGGAGUAACCUGUGAGUAGCUGGGACAUGAAGGAUGGACUUGCCCGAGGAACAGAGUCCGCGGCCGUGGAGCGAUUGGGAGGGCGAUUGUGGUUUUGGCCAGCUGAGCAUCGUACUUGGAGGGGGAGGUAGCAUCUCAUUUCGGUUGCUAGCUGGAAAAAUGCGAGUGUGUCCUGAGUUUUGAGCACGUAAAUAAUUAUAACCCAAGUUUUCUUGGGAACUUGCUCCGUCUUGAGCUGAGAGUGGAUGAGGAGCACUUGUACGUUUAUAGAGCUCUUUACAGAUUACCCCGGGUACCCGAUAAAACCAGAAUUUCCAUUCUGCAGCUGGGAACGUGCCCAGUUGGUCUAAUAAUUGCAGAGGUCUUGUAUGUUUAAAAUCUUUCCUGCUGUACGUAAUGCUGGAUCCCCAGGUGAAAGCCCCUGCACCAAAGCCGUUGCUCCUUCUCUCUUCUAGGUUUGCAUUUGAGAGUUUUGCUGCGAGUCUGAAGUUUUAUUGUAACCUGGUAUGUGAAACAUGUACUGCUGCUUUGUCUGCAACAAACGCACAUAUUUAAGGGGGAGGAUGAGUAACUUUGUCCGCAGUUCUUAAUUUUUAUUUUUUUUUUGCCUGCCUUGGAAUUUAAUGUGUUUCCUUAAAUGUAUAUUUAACAAUGCAGGAGUUCAUUUGUGAAAUGCUGCUACAGUUGUAUCACUGGAGCUCAAGGAAAUAAAAUAUUCUGAUUUUUGUCCUU